AUGAGUCUGGGAUGGUUCACUGCGCUGGCGGCCGCCAGCGGACUCCGAGUCCUUGCUGUUGAGCCAAGGAAAGCUCCGCUGAGGUACAUGGAGAAGACCAUUCAAUUGAAUGGAUGGCAAGGUCGAGUCGAGCUCCGGCAUGGUGGUCUGGCGGAGGCAACCGGCCAGUUGUACGUUGACGAGACGCACUGGUGGGAGAAGAGGUCUGCUACACGCGAAGGAGGCGACGGCCGAAGCGAGGCACAGGCCCUUCGCUUGGAUGAUGCUGUGCCACCUGAUUCCAAGGUCUGUCUCCUGAAGGCUGAUUGUCGCGGAUGCGAAGCUGAGGCCUUCCGCUCCGGGAAGGCAUUGCUGGCAACUGGCGCAGUGCAGGUGGUGCAGAUGGAGUAUGAUCAUUCCCCGGCUGCGCAGACAGCACUGGAGACUCUACAGCAGCUGUCGCCAAAGCCAUGGCAAUGUAUCCUUCUGCCAGCCGGUCUGCGGUGCGCUGGAGGCGACCUCCAGGAUGCAGAGGGCGAGGCGCUUCGAGAGGUUUGGGAUUUCAUAGUGGCUGGUGUUCAUGUGGACUGCCGUGCAGCGAAGCUUGUCGAGACAGCACCGGAGCAAGUGGUCCGAGGAUACCAUACAGAUCUGUGGCUGGUGCACGACGACACCAUGGACCGACUGCGGGCUGAGCCGCGCUUUGUGGCCGCGUCACAGCGAGUGGCUGAGGCUGCAAACCAGAAGUGCGAGUACAGCACAAGCCAAACAGCAGAGCAGGGAGUUUGUGAUCUUCUCUGCCACGAAUUUUCCACUUUGGAGGAGGCCCAAAGAGCCUGCGAUGUCCGCCCAAGUUGCACAAAGGUCUUGCCACAGGGCGGAGGGUUUGAGCUCCGUGGCGGCUCUGCGCCCGGUUCUGCGCAGGUGUCGGCCUACCUCAAGCUCGAAUGCAAGACUGCCACCUAA